UCGCCAGACCUUGUCACUGUGGCGCAGGAGUCACAUGAAGAAGGCAGCCUAUGGCGGCGCGGGGGCGUGGUUGCCGCAGGAGGCGGAGCACCGGCAGGGACCCCGGCAAAGGCUCGGGCUCGGCCUCGGCUCCCGGCUCCGGCUCCGACACAGGCCCCAUCGCGCUCCCGCUCCCGCUCCCGCUCCCUCUCCCAGUGCCAGCAGCGAUGGCGGCGGUCCUGGGGCCCAGCGCCCUGGCUCGGCUCCGCUGGGGCUCGGCGUUCUGCUCCAUCGCGGCCGGAGGCUUGGGCGCCUUCGCGGCCGCCUUCGCCAAGCUGGCCCUGAAGCCGACGUCCCGGGGCCCGGAGGAGGAGGAGGAGCAGGAGCUCCCUUACCCGCCCGCCAUGCAGGCCUGGCUGACCCUGAUGUUCCGGCUCAUGGCCUUCUCCUUGAUGAUUGUCAGCAACUCUCUGAUGUGGGCCUUCUUUUCCAAAGCUCUCAGUAUUUCUUCAUCUUCUGCCACAGCAUCGCUGACAAUGACUGCUUCUAACAUCAUUGCCUCAGCCUUCCUGGGUUACCUGUUGUAUGGAGAAUACUGUGCGGUGAUGUGGUGGGCCGGAGUCGUCCUGAUCCUCUACGGACUGGCACUGAUGCACAUAAGCUCGUCGGCUGACGAGGAGCUCGAGGAAAAGAAGAACCAGUAGAGGCAAAGUUGAAGGCGAACAUUCCUCGUGCUGUUGUUAGCCCUUCAGAAUCCCAGGCCUCAAGAAGGCCACUGAGUUCUGGGGGAGCAGUUUUGUCCUGUUGUUGUUGUUGUUUUUAAAUUCCUAUCUAUGGAAGAAACCAAUGCUAGACACCAUCUGAUUGACUCAUGCUUUAAGGAUCUCUUCAGGCAGGGCGUGCUCGUGUCACUAGGCCUCUGGAAAGUGGAUUUGUGCUUCUGACUCAGUUGAGAAAUUCUGCUAGUUGUCUAGAAACCCCAGGGAGAAAGCAGUGUUCUUGCUGGAGUUGAUGUUAUCUGUUCCUUGUGCCUAGGGGACAGAUCCUAGGAAGAGGCUUUAUCUCUACUGAGCGUUUCUCCUUGGGGCAUCCUAGACAGAAUGGAGAAGGCUGACCUUGGGGUUGACUUUGGGUCUGAGUCUUUCUUACUCUCUCCCUGUGGAGCUCCUGUGAUGCCAGUGGUAUGUUUAUCACCAACCAUAAAUCUUAAUUUAAUGGGGAUUUACAGUCAGUUAAUAUUGAUAUGUGCCAAUAUCAAUUACUAAGCAUCUCGGCUGGACAAUGCCUUGGGGAUACCAAACUAUUGAGAAGAUGCCAUUCCCUACCUUCGAGGGAUAUAGUCUGUUUAAGGAGGAAAAAAGAAGAAUGAUACAGGGUAGAAAGUGAUAAAAGCCAAAAAAAAUAAAAAACAAAAAACAAAAAAUAAACCAAUAGGAAGGAAGGGAUAGAAGCAAA